AUGACGGUGACGGUGGCUCUCUUCCUCGCGCUUUGCCUGGUGGAGGUCUCUAGCCUUCGGGACCCCAAGCCCAGGGAGGCCGAGCCUGCGGCAGCCUGGGCCGAGGGAGAGAGCUUCUCAUCCAUGGCCGUGGAGGCCGAAACGGAGGCGUUUCUGAUCAAUGCCCAGGGCUCCGAUGGCGUUGGAGCUCUAAGACUAGACAGCGAAUUCCCGCAAUACGACUCAGCAGCACAGGAGGAGAUGAGUUUUUUGGAUGGUUCUCCUGGACUUGAUGGUACCUUGGACCCUUGCCAACGUGACCUGCGCAGCUUGGUAAAUGCACUCGAGAGCACCUGCAAGAUCCACGAGCCCAAGAGGUUUGCCAGGAGGCCCCGAGACAGCGAGUAUCAUCCGGAAUGUUUUCAAGACUUGCAGAAUAUGACGUGCGCCGAGAGUGCGAGAGACAUUCUGCUUUAUGGCAAGGAGCUAGUGAAGGCCAUGCAGGUCCCUGCCAACCUUGUUUGGAACUACUAUCUGCCGGAAGGCAAGAAGUUCCGGAAGGAGAACUGGAAGACUUACCGAUUGGUGCAGAAGCUGUUCUUCCUCAAAAGCUGGCUUCGUAAGGUGGCAGCGCCCGCCAAGCACGCCAUAUUGUGGUCUGGUUUCUGGACCGAUCCAGAGGUGGGCCCUACUGGGCGCACUUCCAAAGAAAGCCUUUUUGCAUUCGCAAGCCUCACAGAGCACGACACGCUCCAUCCGAGUACAGAGCUCGGAAGAAUCAUGGAAGCCCACCAAGAGCUCAGCGCUUGCUUCCAUGUGGAAAGUCCUAUUGCGCUGAACAUGGCUAAUAAUGUUUGGGCGCUUGCAAGCUUCAUGUUCGUGCUUGGCAGCGAGAAGCAAGAGCAGAGCACGGUCGUUGCACUUGUAAACAAGCAGCUCGAAGGGGAACGCCCUCUGAAGCAUUCCGUGCUCUUCAAGCACGAGAUGCCCACGCUUGGCAUCGCAGCAUAUGGCCUGGGGCACUGGUCUCCUCACGUGCUGGUCAUCGAUAUGCUGGGCACUUGCCACAUGACUGGACCGGCAUUGCGCCAUCAGCUACUCGCCGGAGGCAUAGCUUGGUAUCCAGUCUUGGAGGAGUUUCAGUUUUUCAGUGCCAGAGACUUCGCCCAGCGUAGCACCAUGAGCUGGACCUGCUGGGACUGUCCAGAGUCCAGCUGUCGCCUCGACGUGGCCCUGGCCCAGGCCGUGCAGCGAGCCAGCGAGGCCAAGGACGAGGCUGACCGCAACUGCAAAGAGGUUUUUCAGGCCGCAGCAAAAGGAUUGCAUGUCACUUGGACCGCCGAGCUGACCACUCAGUGCAGAGACCCGAGCACUGGGAAGAGGCCUCAACAUGUGGAGGCAGAGAGAGGGCUUGUGAGCGUCCUCCGCCUCCUUUUGGACAACAGGGCGGACCCCAACGUGAAGGACAGCGAUGGUAACACCCCACUCCACUACGCCGCACUAGAGGGACGCAGUGAGGUCAUCCGCCUGCUCCUUGCCAACAGGGCGGAGCCUAAUGUAAAGAACAUCCACGAGACUAUGCCUCUCCAUCUUGCUGCAAGAAGGGGAGUUGAGGAUGCCGUCCGACUGCUUCUGCAGAAGAAGGCCGACCUCAACGUUCAGGAUUCUGUCGGCAUGACGCCACUCAACAUGGCCGCUCACUGGGCACCGACGACGGUCGUCCGCUUGCUCUUGGACAAGAAGGCCGAUCCCAACAUCAAACCCAGCCCUGGGCCUGGCUUGGCGCUCCACGGUGCCGCGAACGCGGGCAACGCUGAGGUCGUCCGCCUGCUCCUUGACAAGAAGGCCGAACCUAACGCGAAGGAUUUUCAUGAAACGACGCCGCUCCAUGUUGCCGCGGCCAAGGGACACUCGGAGGUUGUCCGUUUGCUCCUUGAAAAGAAGGCCGAGCUGAACGUGAAGGACACAUAUGGGAGCACGCCGCUCCAGUAUGCCAGGCAGAAGUCACAUCUGGAGGUUGUCCACCUGCUAGAGGCAACGUGA